UAACUGAAAGCAGAGUCAUCUUGUCUUUUACAACAGGAGGAGUUUUACAGGCACGCUGGCUUUUGGACACACUUACACACAUAUACACAUACACAUACACACACACACACACACACACACAGACACAGACAGGGAUAAGGGACCUGUUCCUCCACACAAAGACACUCUUUCAUCAUUUUUCAUCCAGCAGACAGAUCUUGAAGAAAGGAUUUCCUGAGCCAAACCCUCCAGAAGGUCAUGAUGAAUGAGCACAGCUUGGCCAUCGAUUUGCUCCUCAUCUGCAUGUCUUGUGGAGCAGCAAGUGUACUUGCAGCAUUUAAUUCCACCGUCUCUGCUCCACCGUCCACCAUUUUCUCUGAAAAUAGCUCAAAAUAUCACAUGGACAAUGUAAACUUUCCAAAAACCAGACGGAAGAGGUACAUUUCCCAAGACGACCGGCUGGCCAUUCUUGAUUACCACAAUAAAGUCAGAGGAAACGUUUUCCCGCCAGCUUCCAACAUGGAAUACAUGGUGUGGGAUGAAACCCUCGCUCAGAGAGCAGAAGAGUGGGCUACUAUGUGUCUUUGGGAGCACGGACCUCGCAAUCUUCUCAGGUUUCUCGGGCAAAACCUUUCUGUACGAACUGGAAGGUACAGAUCCAUUCUGCAGCUGGUGAAGCCAUGGUACGAUGAAGUGAAAGAUUAUUCUUUCCCCUAUCCACGUGACUGCAAUCCCAGAUGCCCUCUUAAAUGCUACGGGCCCAUGUGCACACAUUAUACACAAAUGGUUUGGGCCACGUCGAAUAAAGUCGGAUGCGCCAUCCAUACAUGUCAAAAUAUGAAUGUGUGGGGCGCAGUGUGGAGGAGAGCAACGUAUUUGGUGUGCAACUAUUCAGGAAAGGGUAAUUGGAUUGGUGAGGCUCCCUAUAAAGUGGGCGUGCCCUGCUCAAUGUGCCCUCCCAGUUACGGCGGCUCGUGCAGUAACAACAUGUGUGUUCCUGCUCUGAACUCAAACUACCUGCACUGGUUUAAAUAAACACACACACACACACACACACAUUUUUUUUCUCUAUUUCCCCUAGUAGGCUUUGCACAACAUUCCUGAUUUGUAUAUAUGGAUCUAUUUAAAAUAUAACCAUUAUUUUACUUUUCUUUUUUUGCCUUUCUUUUUUUUUUUUUAAAUAAUAAAGCCCUUAAAUUAUUUUGUUAAUACUUAUCCAUACCAGGUAGUGAGAUGGCAACAAAACCCCCACAAAGUAUUAGUUAAGUUUGGGUUAUAUGGGAGAAAUAUGACAACAUGUUUCACAAAUAUUUGUUAUGUAUCUUGAUAUUGUUUUUGCUGAGAUUUAUUUCAUAAUUCGUAAUAUCAUAAUGUACUGAUUUCAAUUAAUCUGAAUGUGUUCACUUAUUAGCAUACCACAAUACUCUUACUCAAAAUAAAUUGACACAAUAUCUUAUCAUCAUAUCACCUACAUUUCAUUUUUUUUUUCUUAAAUAAUGUACAGUAAAUUCAUAUAAUAGCCAGUCUGUUUUGUUUUAUUUUAUACAAACCAGUUGUGUUAUCUUGGCUCAGUAUAGUAGUCUUCUAUUUUUUAAACUUAGCACAACAAUUUAGCCAAGAAAUGAAGAACUCUAGACCCUCUUCAUAUUAUAUUUAGAGCUGACUCACAACUUUCUGGUCCAAGGGAAUGCCAAUUCCAUUAUAGCAAUCAACUAAAUGACAUGUCAUUAUACAGUAUAAUACGUAAAAGCAAAUUACAUUUGAGUUUGGUUUUGCUAAAUUAUUGUCAGACCCUCAAAGUUCCAAAUAUAAUCCAAAAAUCUCCAUUUUAAAUCACAGUGCUUCUCCAAUUUGCUUAAUGAGUGUAUUACACACCUAUAAGUGCAAUCUGAAGUCGAAGUGCCUUUUAGUUCAACCUAUUUAUCGGCCAAAAUAAACUGUAAAUACAUUUUUGUAUGAUAGUUAUUAAAUAAUUUUUAACAUAUUUUUUCGUGGUUUUACCUUUAAUUAUUUAAGUGUCAUUUCUAUUGUGUUUUAAUUGUCCAGCUAUAGCACUCCUCUAUGAAUAACUGUAAAAAGUGAGUAUAAAAGGUAUCAGUUUGUCCUGCAGAAGAUUUUGCCUUUAAUUUUACACAAUUUACGAAACAAACCAAGGCGGAAUUUGCAACGAAAUUUAACUAAUUACAGGAGUGUUUAAACAGUUUCAUGCACACUGACUGCUUUUAAAUUGAAGUUGUAUUUAUCGUUUUCUACUGAACUGCCCUUUCUUUUGUAUUUGUAUUUUGUACUUCUGAAUAAAGCCAGACUUUUUCUUUUGC